AUGGAGUUUUGUGCUAGCACCAUACAUGCCAAGCUGGAAAAAGAGAUACUGAAUGGAAAGGUGUUUGAGACAGAGAUGAUUUUGCGGAUCUUCAAGGAGCUGCUAGAGGGAUUGACAUUUAUCCACGGAAGUGGAGUGAUCCAUGGAGACAUAUCCAGAGAUAAUGUCUUCAUGGAUGCACAGGAUCAAGUAAAGAUUGGCGAUUUUGGCUUGGCUCGGUCCACUGGAGAUGCCGAGAUUGCUGUUGGGAGCGUAGUACUUGGUAAUGAAAUGUACCAGGCUCCGGAGUUGUCUAGCAGCCCUCCAUCGAUUACUACAAAAGUAGAUAUGUAUGCAUUAGGGUUGCUGCUCUUUGAGAUUUCCUACCUGAUGGAAACGGAUUCACAAAGGUUUAGUGAAUUUAUGAAAUUGAAGGAAACUGGAGAAUUACCAGAAGACUAUGAAUUAAAAGUUUUGAAGAAUGCAAUUCCCAACUUCUGGUCGAGAACCCAGAGGACCGUCCUUCGGCUGCAUAUUUACUUCACAAUGUGGGCUGCAUUCAAGGAACAUUUUGAUAAAGUAAAUGGAUCGAGAUUAUACUAUCUGCACAAGGAAAUCUUCACUAUGACUCAGGGAAUUUGUUUUGUUUCUACCUAUUUUACAAAGCUCAGAGAUCUGUGGGCAGAGUAUGACUCUAUUUUACCACCACCUCCAGCAGCUGAGUAUGUUGAGCAGUUGGAAUAUCAACGUCUGUUAUAA